AAUCAGCAGUCGACCGCCAUUCUUAAAAUUGAAGCAUGUAAAUUUUUAUAUUUUUCUCUGUAAAUCUGCGUUUGUGUUUAAUUUCAACCUGCAUAUGAUCUCUUAAAUGACGACGGUUAUAAAUAUGAAGCCUUCCUUUGACGCUAUCCCGUCAGAUGUCUCAGAAACAAACAAAUCUCCCAGGUUAGUAGUUGUAUAGCUCACGCUAAGUUUUUUUGGCACCCAUCCAAUUCUUCAUUACGUUCGCAGCAGUCAUAUAAUUUGUUUAACUUUAGCAAUAUAUCAAUGCUAUUACUAAAUUUUUUAAAGGAAAAAGUGCGAUUUCAUUGGUAAGAGAUACCUGCUUAAAAUAAUAUGCUAACAACUUAUGUAAUCAUUCGUAAUAUGACUUUAAUUCUACUCGUUAAAUUUUUUCGCUGAAGCCUUGAUAAUUUGUCGAGUUGAUCGAGUCGUUAUCUAAUAUAAUACUUAAAGCAAAUGAAUGUAAAAAGUAUUGCCAAGUUUAGCAGAUGUGAGUUCUUGUUAGUUUUCUUAACAAAUGUUCAAUUGCAGGAGAUCAAGACGAACGAGCAUGGAAAGUUUGUUCAAAAGCCCCAGCACGAUGACUCUGAGCAACAAAAGAAGAAAACGUCAAAAACCUGACGACGAUUCUUUAAGCUUGCACAGUGUCGAUAUGAAUUUAAAUAAAGAUUCAAAGAAGAAAAAGCGUCUUUCCUUACAAAGAUCCAUAAAUUCUAUCUCUAAUCUUUUCUCAUCGCCGAAAUCCAAAGUUUCAAACGCAUUGAAUCGAUCAAUCAGUUUAAAAUCGUUGGUCUCACCUGCCAAAAGUGAUAAGAAUACAUCCCAGUACAAACUACCACCCAAAACUCCUACAAAGAGAAGACAGAGCGUAUUUUGGGUGGACACAGUUAAGGAAGAAGCCAGGUCAAAAUACACUUCUAAUGAAAUAGAGAGACAGGAGGCAAUCUAUGAGGUAUACAAAACAGAAGAAGAAUUGGUUGAAGACCUAAAAAUGGUCAUAAAGACGUACAGAGACUCAAUGAAGCAGUUGGGAUUAUUGACGAACGAAGAAUGUCACAGGAUAUUUGGUGAUAUUGAUGAAUUCGUUCCUGUACAUGAAAACUUAGUGACUUUACUCAAAACUUGUAUGCUCCCUGAUGGUAGUUUCUCCUCUGUAGGAGUAAUACUUAAAAACUGGGCACGCUCUAUUCGAUGUUAUGUUUCUUAUUGUUCAAAUGAAGUUUAUGCACAUUCAUUAUUAGAUGAAAAAAGAUCUGAUCCCGCUGUUUUAGAUUUUUUACAACGGUGUCAAGAAUCACCAUUCAGUAGAAAAUUAGAUCUAUGGAGCUUCCUUGACGUCCCACGAAGUCGAGUUGUUAAAUACCCAUUGUUAUUUAAAGCUAUUCAAAAAGCAACACCACUUGAUCACAAAGAUACAGCAAACAUUAAUGAAGCUCUCAGUAUCUGUGAGGAUGUUAUAAGCGAAAUUGAUAGAGAAACUGGAAUAAAAAAAUGUGAGUUUACCAGGGACAAAUUGGACUAUUUGGAGGAAGGACAGAAAGAAUGUGGAAUUGAGGAAUCGAAAGCCAUACUUUGUGACGGAGUUUUAAAAAAUAGUCGUGGCACGAAAUUAACUGCCUUUCUAUUUGAAAAAGUUUUAGUCCUCACACGGCCAGCAACUAGAAAUGGAACUUUGCGCUAUCAAGUAUAUAGGCAACCUAUUCCAUGUGAUCAACUUUGCAUAGAAGAUAUUCCUGACGGUCAAGUCAAAGCCGCAAAAAACGUUUUUCGCGUUUCUUUCCGCGAGUCUUCAUCCGGUCAAGGAUAUAGCUUACAAGCACUUGACGAACAUGACAAAAGACAGUGGUUGCAAUGCUUACGAAGAGUUUUACCGGCCAGAGGAGAACCUGAUGGCGCUGAGAGUGCUAAAUGUGGUGAAGAUGAUUCAUUUCCAGAUCCAACUUUGAGUUUGAGUUUCGAAUCGGAGUGCUCAUUUUCGUCUGAUGUUUGUAGUCUAAGUGGUUUUAUUGCCUUUGUUUCUACAAAUUGGGCAGGACCCAAGAAUCAAGGGGAAAACAAGGACGAAUUUAUUAGCAUCGGUUUGUGGAAAACUUGUAGUCUUGAGAGAUCUGGCGCUAUUAUAAAAUGCCACGGCCCUCGAUUCUUUGUUUGGUCUCCUUGGUUUAAAGCUAGUCAAGCAAUGAUAACUCUUUCAUUUAUUGCUCUUGUUUUGGCAUUCGGAGUUCACUCCGCUAGAUCUUGUGUGACACGAAUUCAAAAAUACCAGUGGGUUAUAAAAUUAUUCAUUUUAUUAUGUUUUAUUCAAGAUGAAAAUGACUUGGUCGUUAUUGGAUCUGGACCAGGAGGGUAUGUGGCAGCUAUUAAAGCUGCUCAAUUAGGAAUGAAAACAGCUUGUGUUGAGAAAUCCUCAACAUUGGGUGGUACUUGCCUGAAUGUUGGUUGCAUACCAUCUAAAUCCCUACUAAAUAAUUCUCAUUAUUAUCAUAUGGCCGCGCAUGAUGAUUUGAAGAAUAGAGGCAUUGAAUUUGAAAAUCUGAAGCUAAACUUAGAGAAACUAAUGGGACAAAAAGAUUCAUCUGUAAAAUCUCUAACUGGUGGUAUUGCACAGUUGUUCAAGAAAAAUAAGGUAGAGAGACUGGAAGGACAUGGCACGAUUACAUCAGCCAACGAAGUAUCCGUAAAGAAAGAAGACGGAACCACUCAAGUAUUGAAAACAAAGAAUAUAUUGAUAGCAACUGGAAGCGAAGUGACACCUUUUCCAGGUAUUGAUAUUGACGAGGAGAGAAUAGUUUCAUCAACUGGAGCCCUUUCCCUAAAGAGCGUUCCAGAAAAAAUGAUUGUCAUUGGAGCUGGUGUAAUAGGUGUGGAAUUAGGCAGCGUUUGGAGCCGAUUAGGAGCAGAGGUCACGCUGGUCGAAUUCAUGGGAAACAUUGGUGGAGUAGGCAUUGAUUUGGAGGUUGCGAAAACUUUACAAAGGAGUUUAACUAAGCAAGGACUAAAAUUUAAACUGGCCUCGAAAGUACUCUCAGCUGAAAAGAGCGAUAAGAUCCAUGUAAACGUUGAAACUUUAAAGGACGGAAAACAACAAACUUUGGACUGUGACACUCUCUUGGUUUGCGUUGGGAGAAGACCGUACACUACUAAUUUAGGUUUAGAAAAUGUUGGUAUAAACAAGGAUGAAAGAGGAAGGAUACCUGUAAAUAAUAAAUUUCAAACUUCAGCGGAAAAUAUUUAUGCUAUUGGAGACUGUAUUGAAGGACCUAUGUUGGCUCACAAAGCAGAAGAUGAAGGAAUAAUCUGUGUUGAAGGAAUGUGUGGAGGUGCUGUACACAUUGAUUACAAUUGUGUACCAAGUGUAAUCUACACUCAUCCAGAAGUUGGUUGGGUCGGGAAAUCAGAGGAGCAACUUAAGCAAGAAAAUAUUCCUUAUAAGGUUGGAAAGUUCCCACUAGCUGCCAAUUCUAGAGCAAAGACAAAUAAUGAUACAGAUGGACUAAUAAAGGUUCUUGGCCAUAAAGAGAGUGAUAGGAUUUUAGGAGUUCAUAUAGUUGCAUCAGUUGCUGGAGAAUUAAUAAAUGAGGCUGUUUUGGCUAUGGAGUAUGGAGCAAGCUGUGAAGAUGUUGCUAGAGUUUGUCAUGCUCAUCCUACUGUUUCUGAAGCUUUAAGGGAAGCAAAUUUAGCAGCCUAUUUUGGAAAACCUAUAAACUUUUAG